AUUUAACACUUAAUGAUACACUUAAUUAUAGUCAUAGGCUACAAUUAAGCAAUCAGGAAACAAUCAAUAACAGUAUAAAUCGUAAAUUUAUAAAUUUAGGUGGUGGGGGGAUGCAAAUACCCCAAGCGGAAUACCUUGAAAAGUUGCUUAGGGCUGUGGAGCUGCCUAUAUAUCAACUGGUAUUUACUAAUAUAUCAAGAAAGGCAGAAGCAGAUAUAAAGGAGUGGGGGAGCAAGGGACGUGCCGCCGCGCUUUCGAAGAGAAAUACCACCGCAAGGGCUGUCUAAACGAGGGAACGGCAACGCUGCUCCAGAACAAGGCGUCCCGCUUCCUGGGAAUCCGGGGUCCCCGGGAGGAGCUCAGGCUCGACUUUCUUUCGGAGGAAACACGCACAAAAGCCAAAAAAACCGGCGCGGAGCCCUCCAGCUCUUCCGCCAAGACUGCGUGUCCGCUCAGGGUUGCUACGGAGGUGCCUCCUUCUCCCAGGGAGCUUAGCGCGGCUCGGCAUGGCGGCUCCCAGCAGCCGCUGGUCGCACAUGGGUUUUCGCCUCGCUUAGGGAAAAGCGGCCGUGUUUUUUUUUCCCCUCUCUCUUCCCCCUCCCCGCCUCCUUUCCCUUUCCAGGCAUCGAAUAACGGGGAACAUGCGAGCGCUGGAGCGGGUGUUACUCAGGGGCUUCCCCAGCGCGGCGGAAUCCCCGCGGUGGAAACAGAGCGAGGCGGCUUCGGCGGCAGAAAGUGGAUCAUUAUUGCAGUUGUUGUUGGAAGGGAAUUAUGAGUCCAUCUUUCUAAGUAAAGCAGUCCAGAAUGUCUUCACCACAUCUUCAGGAAAAGAGGACACCAUUGAAAGCUACCUGGAAAAGCAGAUACAAGCUUACCUAGAUUGUUCUUCAGCAGACAUUGAUUCUAUUGAAAGGCAAAGUGUGGUGUUCCUCCUUGGUGUAGGGAGUUUACAGCUGUUUGCGCAGAGCAACUGGACUGGACCUCCUGCUGACUUACAACCUCAGGAUUUUCUUCCACCUGAAAUAUUGCAACAAUAUAAUGAGACCAGUGCAUUGUCAACUGCUAUUUUAGGGAUGAUGGUUCUAGAUGGUGAAUCAAUAUACAGCUUGGCCUCCCAACCUAUCUUGUUGAUGCUGGCUAGAGUCAUCCUUGUGAAUUCCAGAAAUAAGCUAGAAGCUAUUCAGACAUUGCCCUGGUGGACACUGCGAUGUAUUAAUCUCCACCAGCAGCUCCUAGAAGAAAAGUCACCUGAACUCUUUGCUGUUGCCCAGGCCUGUAUACAACAAGUUUUUGAAAUUGAGACUUUAUUCAAUGAUGAUGAAUGCUGGCAUCUUGCUGUUCAAUUUCAUCUAGAAUGUGCUUACACAUUUUUGAAUUAUUACGAGUAUAAAAAAGCCAAAGAACAUUUCCUUGCAGCUAAAGACAUAACUAAGUUACAGAUUGAGUUGACAGGUGCUCUGGGAAAAAGAACAAGAUUUCAGGAAAAAUAUGUAGCACAACUGAUACUAGAUGUUCAGAGGAAAGAUAACAUCCUCCUUCCUUACCGAGAACUUAGUCCAGCACCUACUCCACUAGAAGAUUUAACUAAGAAUUAUGCUUUAGAUGAUGACACCGUACUAAAUGAAAUAAAGUUUGAAGAAUCUCAUCAAAACCAGAUCCCUGACCUCUGUGCAGAAGAACUUGCUGUAAUUCUUGGCAUUUGUAUAGACUUUCAGAAAAACAAUCCUGUCCAUAAGCUCACAGAAGAGGAGCUGCUUGCUUUUACAUCAUAUCUGCUCUCACAACCAAAGUUCUGGGCAAUCCAAACCUCUGCUCUUCUUCUACGAACAAAACUUGAGAAGGGAAGUGUUCGUCGAAUGGAACGGGCAAUGAAGCAGACCCAGGCACUUGCAGACCAAUUUGAAGAGAAGACAACAUCAGUUUGUGAACGUAUGAAGAUAUUUUACAGUUGCCAGGUUCCUCCACACUGGGCCAUUCAGCGUCAACUUGCAAGUUUACUCUUUGACCUUGGAUGUACCGCUUCAGCUCUGCAGCUCUUCAAAACGCUUGAAAUGUGGGAAGAUGCUGUUAUCUGUUAUGAAAGAGCAGGCCAGCAUGGGAAGGCAGAAGAAAUUUUAAGACAGGAGCUAGAGAAGAAAGAGACGAUAGGAUUAUACUGCCUGCUUGGAGAUGUUCUUAAAGACCAUUCAUAUUAUGACAGAGCUUGGGAACUGUCCAAUCACCGCAGUGCCAGGGCUCAGCGCUCAAAGGGCCUCCUUUACCUUCGCAACCGGAAUUUCAGAGAAUGCAUAGAGUGCUUUGAGCAUUCUGUAAAGAUUAACCCAAUGCAGUUGGGGGUGUGGUUUUCCUUAGGUUGUGCCUAUUUAGCAUUGGAAGACUAUGAAGGUGCUUCCCGGGCUUUUCAGCGCUGUGUGAUCUUGGAACCUGAUAAUGCGGAGGCUUGGAACAAUCUAUCUACGGCAUAUAUCAGAUUGAAACAGAAAAUUAAAGCAUUCCGCACUCUUCAGGAAGCUCUCAAGUGUAAUUAUGAGCAUUGGCAGAUUUGGGAAAAUUACAUUCUAACCAGUACAGACAUUGGAGAAUUUUCGGAAGCCAUUAAAGCUUAUCACAGGCUUAUGGACUUAAAAGAAAAGUAUAAGGAUGUCCAGGUGCUUAAGAUUCUGGUAAAAGUAGUCAUGGAUGGAGUAAGUGACCGAAAUGGGGAGACAGCCAAAGGAUUAAAGGGAAAACUGCAGGCCCUCUUUGGCAGAGUGACUUCUCGAGUGACAAGUGAUGGAGAAAUCUGGAGAUUAUAUGCCAGGCUUUACGAAAAUGGGCAGAAUGAGAACUGCGAAGACAUAGAAAAGGCAUUGCAGUAUCUCACCAAAGCAUACAAAUGUGAAAUCCAAUCAGGAGACUGGGAAAAAGAUACUUCCUCUUUUAAGAAAGUAGCCAGAGAUGCUCUUGAAGUUGCACAAGUCGCAAUGAAAUGCAGCAAAAUGAAAACUAAUUACCAAGAAGCCUUGCCAAUACUGUCUUCUGCCCGACUCAACUUGCGUGGUUUGGUUGCCAAAGCAAAGCAAAAUUUUGCAGACGCUGUAAGUGAUGAAGUUUCCAGUGACCUCGCUGAAGAAAUGGCAGCAAUGGAGAAUUUGAUGAUGGAAUUGCAAGAACUUAACAACCAGCUAAGGAAUCAGACUUGAGAAAAAGAAGAUCCGAUUUCUUGGAAAGAAGGACGGGCAAGGCUGGCACGCUUCACCAGUUUUAGCUUGUACUGAUGAGCAUUCAGUAAAUCAAAGGCAUCUUUAAAUAAAUAUUUCUCCAUACCAUACAACCAUUACUAUUUGCUUACAAGUUUUUCUGGUAAUAUUUCUUCUUUCUCAGUUAUGUGUGAUUUAUGUUGGCUUGGAUUUUAUGGAACAAAUUAUGCCUGCUUUUUUAUUUAGGAUCCUUUUUUCUUUAAGAUUAGAUCUGCCCCUCUGCAAAAGUAAUUGGCUUCUGUCCAUAGUUGUGCACUUUAUGGCUAUAAACAAUUGGCUAUGAACAGUUCUGUUCGUGGUGGAAGUGGGAAGGAAAGGGCUAUUUGAUUUGAUUGUGUCAACAGGAACCUGCAAAUAGGGAAGGGGGAAUAAAAAAUGGAAACAACUGUCUUCUGGGAUUUUUAAAGGAUUUUUAAAGCAAGAGGACCCAGUUGUAUUUUUCUUAGCUUAGGCUUUUCAAAUGCAAGUAUUCACACACAAAGUAACACUUGCCAAGAAUGUUAGCACUAAUCAUUUUCAAAACACAGGUUUAGGAAUACAGGUAGCCCUCAACUUAUGGCCACAAUUGAGCUCAAAAUUUAUGUUGCUAAGUGAGACAUUUCUUAAGGGAGUGUUGCUCCAUUUUACGACCUCUCUUGCCACAUUUGUUAAGUGAAUCACUGCAGUUAUUAAGUUAGUAAGAAGAUUGUUAAGUGAAUCUGGCUUCCCCUGACAAGUUAGCUUGUCAGAAGGUUGGAAAAGGUGACAACUGCAACCGUGAUAAAAAUGAGUCAGUUGCCAAGCAUCUGAAUUUUGAUUAUGUGAGUCUGAAUUGUUCAUGUGACCAUGGGAUGCUGCACUGGUCAUAAGUGUGGAAAAGGGCUAUAAGUCACUUUUUUCAGUGCCGAUGUAACUUUGAACAAUCACUAAACCAGGGGUCUCCAACCUUGGCAACUUUAAGACUUGUGGACUUCAACUCCCAGAGUUCCUCAGCCAGCAAAGCUGGCUGAGGACUUCUGGGAGUUGAAGUCCACAAGUCUUAAAGUUGCCAAGGUUGGAGACCCCUGCACUAAAUGAACUAUUGUAACUUGAGGACUACCUAUACAAGACCACCUAUAGCUUCAUUUCCAUAAGCUAGGUGUGUAUGUGUGUAUUUGUGUGAGAGACAGAGAGAACACAAGCACGGACCUAGCAACACCAAUACCAGUAGCUUUGCCUGGGCUGGAGUUGGAUACUAGCUUUGUAUCUUCAGUCAUCUCAAAAUGGACAAUAAGGUCUCCUUUGUUAGACUGGUUCACCACAUUCAGCCUUAAUAUAGUUGCCAUGGGUUAGCUUAAUAUGUGGUAUGUACCAAAUCAAUUCUAACUUACGUAACAAGUACAUUUUGCAACUUCCCUCAAAAGUGGAUCAGGUCAGAGCUGAUAGCUAGUAGCUAUUUUAAGGGCAAAAUCUUGCCCCAUGCCAAGAAACAAAUCUGAUCUGGAAAUCUGUGGGAUCUGUAAAUAGUUGCUUCAAUCAACAAGCUGUAAUUUCUGCCUCUCUGGCUUGGUAGGAAAGCUUUUCCAUGCUUGGCAUGAUACAUUGAUUCUCUUUGUUUAUUUCUAACAAUUGAUCUUCUAACUGUAUUUGCUGCUGAAUGGGAAAAUUUUAUGCUAUUGUAAUUAACAGCCAUUAAUGUAACCUCUUUGUUUACAAAAAUAUAUUGGCAUUUGUGUGAUCAAUUCUGUAACUUGGGUUUACAUUGUACAAAUAAGUAAUUUUUAUAUUCGUCCUAAAUUUGUGGUUUGUUCCAAAUUUUGUAUUCAUAUAUUCCAUUCCAGCUCAGUUGCUUUUUUCUUUCAUAGAUCAAAGCCCACAAUUUUUAUUGAUUGUAGUACUGAAUUGUUCAUUUGUAUCUUCUCCAUCUCCAUCGUUGUGGAGAUUGGCUGGCCAAAGAGUGAUACUUGGCAUAUAAUAGAGACUUGUCUUACUUUUAAUGAAAACCAGUAGAAAAUACAUAGAAUAUUCUUCACUUUAUGCUCUUCUCCUUAAAUGAAGAAUUUAGACGAGUACUACAAAAUUUGAAUAGCUGAAAUCAAACAGCCCAAGCUGUCAUACUAUAAAAUAUAGGAAACUUUCUCCAUAAAUACUUAGAAUGAUAUAUAAAUAGUUGCUUCAAUCGAUAAGAAAUUCAGGCAUGAUUCAAAUGCUGCAGUACUACUCACUAUAGAAACAUUUUUGCUAAUCAUUCCUUAUGAUACUAAUAAAAAGUUAGAAAUACUAUAAUUCUAUUUUUCAUUCAGCACCUAUUCUAUAGGGCUAAUCAUAAUUGUUCAAUUUAGAUUUUGAGCAAAUAUUUCUAUAAUUUAGUUUGUUGAAUAGGAUGCCAAAUGGGCAUCUUUUUAGUUGUUAAUUCUUAGAAAGGUAGAUUAGUUUCAUAAAACUUUUGGAACUUUUUGUUAAAUAGAACAGUAGUCUAAGCAUUAACAGGUGACCAGAAAAACAAUACAACAGAAUACAAUUAAGGCAAAAAUAUGAAAUAUUUUUUAUACUCAAUAUUAAUUGCAAAAUUACUUUUCUGGUUAAAAUCCUGAAUUGUCUGAACUGCAUUUUCUUUCAGUGUGACUGACUCUUUUGGCUUCCAGAUAACAGAACAAAGAAAUGAAGUCACAAGGUGUGAGAAAGGAGGUGAAUGGUCCCCUUCUAAAUGGAGCUACCUUAAUUUUCUUUAUCUGGUGAUGGAUCUCUUGAUAAAUAAUUCACCUUUAGAUAAAGUUAGGCUAGGCGCAGUGUGCAAACAUUCCUGAUUGUCGUUUGCAAGAAUGAUUAUGUUACAUUAUCAUUGGUGAACUCAUUUUUAGUAAGGUUCCAACAAUAGAAAUAUGUGUUACACAAGUCUACAAAGGAAGCAGGAUCAUUUCCUUUUUAUUGUGAUAUAAUGGUUUUAAAUCUUUCACAUCUCUGCCAAGAAUAGACAUUGAGCAUGAUAGAUAGUUGGCAGAGCUUUGAUGCUCAAACAUUAUCUUACAUGUUUUAAAGGGGAAGUGGAAAAAUGUGCAAAAAUAAGGCAUUGACUUUUUUUUUUAAUUUUAUGUUUAUAUUUUAAAAAGACAUCCAUGAAUAAAAGUAGUUGUACAAAAGAGUAUUGGUGAAGAAAUUGACCCACAAAAUGAAUUUAAUUGAAUGUAUAUGGCAUUCCUUCAUGAUGUAAUUUAAUCCUAAUAAGGGCAAUUUAAACGGGCAAAAUAAUUUAUUGAAAGAUUGCCAUUAAUUACUCCAUACUUGAAAUCUGCAGAACAUGGUGAUUUUUUUCUUCUGCAAAUGAAAUAUCCUAAACUGUUGAAUAGCUGUUUGUCAAUGAGGUUUGAGACCCUGAGUUCCAGCCCUGCCUUACCCAUGAAAGUCACCUGAGCCAGUCAUUCUCUCUCAGACCAACUCACCUCCCAGGGUUAUUGUGGGGAAAAUAGGAGAAGAAAGGUGUGUUGUAUAUAUUUGCAAAAAUAAUAAAGGCAGGAUACAAAUAAAUAAAAGGAUUCAUUUAUCAUGAA